AAAGGCAGCAUACCUUCACCCGGCUGUGCUGUGAUAUUGAGAGGUCAUACAUUUACAAAAAAAUUAAAGAAAGCAAACCAGAAAACCAGGAUGUCUGGAGAGUUGUCCCUCAACAUAAACAUCAAGGAGCCACGAUGGGAUCAAGGCACAUUUAUGGGGCGUGCCAAGCACUUCUUUAUGGUCACAGAUCCCAGGAACGUCCUGCAGUCCUCUGAGACUCUGGACGAGGCCAGAGUGAUCGUGGAGAACUACAGAGCAGGGACUGUGAAGCCUGGCCUGACGGAGGAUGAGCUCUGGAGAGCCAAGUACAUCUACGACUCUGCCUUCCACCCCGACACGGGCGAGAAGAUGUUUGUGAUUGGGCGGAUGUCUGCUCAGGUGCCAAUGAACAUGUCCAUCACAGGCUGCAUGCUCACCUUCUACAGGACUACUCCAGCAGUGGUGUUCUGGCAGUGGGUUAACCAGUCCUUCAACGCUGUCGUCAACUACACCAACCGGAGUGGAGAUGCCCCCAUGACCGUGAAUCAGCUCGGUGCAGCCUAUGUCAGUGCUACUACUGGAGCUGUAGUCACUGCCUUGGGACUCAAGUCUCUAGCUACGCGUCUCCCUCCAAUCGUCAGCCGGUUUGUUCCCUUUGCUGCUGUUGCUGCUGCUAACUGCAUCAACAUUCCCUUCAUGAGACAGAGGGAGUUGAAAUAUGGUAUCCCUGUGACAGAUGAGAAUGGAAACAGGUUAGGAGAGUCUGCUAAUGCUGCCAAGCAGGCCAUCGUGCAGGUGGUGGUGUCAAGGAUCGGCAUGGCAGUGCCAGCAAUGGCCAUCCCUCCUGUUAUAAUGAAUGCUCUGGAGAAGAGAGCUUUCAUGAAGCGGUUCCCAAUUCUAAACGCUCCAGUCCAGGUGGGGCUUGUCGGUCUGUGCCUGGUGUUUGCAACUCCUCUGUGCUGCGCCCUGUUUCCACAGAAAAGCUCUAUGAGCGUGAGCGGGCUGGAAGCAGAUCUGCAGGAGAGGAUACGACAGACCAGUCCCCACACCACCACUGUCUACUUCAACAAGGGCCUGUAGGACCAGCCAAUCUAUCUCCAUUCACACACACAAGAUUUGACACUCACACAUACACUCAUGUAUACAUACACAUGUCUUGUCCUGAGGGAACAAGUGGGAGGGCAAAACAAAAUUUAUUUAUGCUUUUUUUUUUGUUGUGUGUACUGCUACAUUUGUUUUUUGAAUUUGACAAGGGCAAUGAUUAUUUGAGGGCAAUGAUAAUUUGGAAAACAGGAUUUACUGAAGGGAAAACAAAACACCUUGAAGGAAGAUCAUUGGUGGAUCUCUGUGUACAUAGAUGGCACUCCUUAGAAAAGAAAAAAUGACUCCUGAUUUUUUUUUUUUUCUUCUUUUUUAAAAUUGUGUCGUGGUGUGUUUUCUGUCUUCCUUUGGUCAAAACUGCCUAUAGGGUGGCAGUUCAUGAAGUUACUGACUUGUGUUUGACUCACUAAUAUUUCAUGUUGCAUUCAGGUUCAUUCAAGUUCUCCGAUUAAUAAUGUGUAAUUUCUUGUAAGUCGUGCAUUGCCUCAGAAUGUAAAAUAAUCUUUUUUGCAUUUCCAAUUCUACCCAAGUCAUUGUCACAUUAUUCUGUUAAUUAACUAUUACAGACUGACCAGAGUAUGUUAAAAUGUUUCAGUUUACCUUGAAAAAACCAGUUAAUGGCUCUAAAUAGUCCAACCCCUGGUGAAGAAGUUCUUCUUUUGUUGUACUCUGCCUCCUUGUUAACUGGUGCAGCUUCUUACUCCCUUCAACUCUCCUUUAAGUGUACUUACACCCCUUCAUAGUCUUAGACCAGAUAAUGAGGUGCUAGGUACAUGUGGCAAAACAAUAUAUUGGAAUUAUACUACAAAAGCUCACACAGCACAGCCACAGAGUACAUUAGUUAACUAAUGAGUGUGAUCUUUUCUAAUCAUAAAUAUCCAUUGUUGCCAUGGCAGUGGCAGCCUGUGUUUCAAGGCCUUUUUAUCAUCUGAGCUCACUUAAUGACCUACUGCAGCCGCUACCUCUAGUAGCAUUGAUUAGUUCUUUGAUUGUUGUCGGUGAUGGUGCUUGUUUGGUGGUUUGGUGUUUUUGUCACGUGGAGAGGAAUGUCCCAUUUUGUGUCUACGUGUUGUUGCUAAGAGGAAAUGUUAUGAUCAGACCACAGUUGUCAUGCAGAAACUUUGUAACUUGAGUUUUGUUGGUUUGAAUGUUCACACUUGACCAAAAAGGUUGCACGAGCAGGUUGAAAGAAUUCAAAACUGUGGUUUUGUCAAGUGGUUGUCAAGCUGAGCUGUCUAAUUAAGUUAGAGAUACAGGGUUUUUAUGUGCAACAAAUAGCUAGCCAUCUGCAAAACUGUCUUGCACUCGAGCCAUUGAUGCCCCAUUGUACCAAAUGAAAGUAGCUAUUGUUGUGUGAGAGUCAGAAUACUAAAUGCUUAUAUCCAGGUCAGGGCAGUGGGUAAUUGUGUGGACGGUCUUUGUUGUGCUUCGUUAAAGUGGAUAGCUGGGCUGGGUUUGAGCUUCUCUGAUCAAAUUCAUUCACAUUGUUGACCAAGCUCUCCAAACACACAACCAUUGUGGUUAGAUAGUGGUGAUGGUGUACUUGAGAAAGAAUCAGCUGAAUUUACACCUGUGCUGUCUGAUGUAAGAAUAAGUAUAUUUUUCUUGGAUAUAUUUAUAAAUAUUGUGU